AAAAGUCAAAGUUGCCUUAUUUAUACACUCUUCCUCAUUUUCUCUAAGAUCUUUCUUUUUCUCCCUCUCUUUAGCAUUAUAACAUCAUGACUGGCAGAGAAAUCCUCCAUAAGAUGAAGGAGAAAGCAGGGUUUGGAUCAUCAGCAGCAAACACAGGGAAAGGAAAAGGCAAAAUAUCAAAACACAUUUCACAUGGCUUUCACUUGAUGAAGGGAAAAUCAGGCCAUCCUAUGGAAGACUACUUAGUUUCAGAAUUUAAGAAAGAAAAGGACAGAGAAUUAGGCUUGUUUGCCAUAUUUGAUGGCCACUUAGGCCAUGAUGUUGCAAGCUAUUUACAGAACCACCUCUUUCAAAAUAUCUUGAAACAGCAAGACUUUUGGAGUUUAACAGAAAGGGCAGUAAAGAGAGCUUAUCUUGAAACGGAUGAGAAAAUAUUGGAACAAGCACUUGUGUUGGGAAGAGGAGGAUCAACAGCGGUAACUGCAAUACUGAUUGAUGGUCAGAAGCUUGUAGUAGCAAAUGUUGGAGACUCAAGAGCUGUUAUUUGUGAGAAUGGAAAGGCUAGGCAACUAUCAGUUGAUCAUGAACCAAGCAAGGAAAAAAAAUCUAUUGAGAGCCGUGGCGGUUUUGUGUCAAAUAUUCCAGGAGAUGUCCCUCGGGUAGAUGGACAGCUGGCAGUAGCAAGGGCUUUUGGUGACAAGAGCCUGAAGAUGCAUCUUAGUUCGGAACCUGAUGUUUUUGUAGAGGAAGUAGAUCAGCAUGCAGAGUUUCUUAUUCUGGCUAGUGAUGGAAUAUGGAAGGUUAUGUCAAACCAAGAAGCAGUGGAUUCUAUUAGACAAAUAAAGGAUGCACAGGCUGCAGCAAAACACUUGAUAGAAGAGGCCAUUGCCAAGAAAAGUAAGGAUGACAUAUCCUGCAUAGUAGUCAAGUUCCAAUGACAUGUCUAUGGAUAACCCAGAGGCCCUGAAAGUGUAUCAAGUAUAGCUGAUGCAUUUAUUUCUUUUCUAAGCUCUUGUAGAAGAAAAUUUCUCAAGAACAGAUUGCAUGUAUAAAUGAUCCAAUCAAACUUUUACCUUUUUCAAUGAUAUUUUUUAAACUGUUUGUGU